AUUCAGAUCUAGCAGUGCAUUUCAGUCAUUUUAUUUGUUUAGGGCGGAAGACAAACAUUCGGUGGAGGUGGUAACUAGAUCAGGCUUCGUUUCCUCGCUUCUUCCCUCGUCUUAUCUCUCUCUCUCUCUGCGCUCUUCGUUUCCGAGAGAGCAAGGAAUUGAACGGAAACGGGGCUCUGCUGCUUCUUCUUCGAGUCAUGCGAUCGCAACGAGGAAGAGGACCGCUGCUCCGCCGGCAGACCAGCUCCUCCGGCGUUCCUAUCUUCCCCAUCCUCCAUCCCUUCGUGCCUCUCCCUUCCUUCCUGUUCAUUCCCACCUAAUGGUCUCCGUGCCCCGAGGAGAUGCUGAAGCGACGAUGAACAGACCGCGUCCCUGCGAUUCCGACAUGUCAACCGUGUUCUCCCUCGACCUGCUCGCCAACAUCCUCGACCGCGUCUCCGAUCCCCGCGACCGCAAGUCCUGCCGCCUUGUCUGCCACGGGUUCCUUCGGGCCGAGGAGAUCCACCGCCGCUCGCUCCGCGUCCUCCGCCUCGAGGUCCUACCUGGUCUCCUUCGCCGCUACGCCGCUGGACUCGAGUGCCUCGAUCUCUCUGCUUGUCCGGCCCUCGACGACCGCGCCUUCUCUGCUGCCCUCGCUGCUGGGGCGGGCCAGUGGCGGCUUCGGUCCGUCAGCCUUAGCCGCGCCAGCGGCGUUGGGUGGCGGGGCUUGGUGGCUCUCGUGGAUGCGUGCCCGCGCCUGGAGGCUGUGGACCUGUCACACUGUGUCGGCGUCGGGGAUCGGGAGGCCGCCGCCUUGGCGAACGCCGCCGGGUUGAGGGAGCUCCGAUUGGAUAAAUGCCUCGGGCUGACGGAUGUCGGGCUCGCUAAGGUGGCGGUGGGCUGCGCCGGGCUAGAGAAGCUCGGAAUCAAGUGGUGUCUGGAGAUCUCCGACAUUGGGAUCGAUCUGCUCGCUAAGAAGUGCCAGGAUCUUAAGGAAUUGGACAUCUCAUAUCUGAAGAUAUCCAAUAGAUCGAUCAACUCCAUUUCCUCUCUUGGCAAGCUGGAAGUUCUGAACAUGGUAGGAUGCUCUUUUGUAGACGACGAGGGAUUACAAUUUCUGAAGCACCGAAACAAUUCAUUGCGGAGCAUUAAUAUCUCUCGCUGUGAAAAUGUAACUUCUAGUGGCUUAACCUCAGUGAUUGAAGGAAACAGUGGUCUUCAAAAACUCAAUGUUGGAGAUUGUUUUCCUGAGCUGGCAUCUCUCUUCUUCUCCAAGUUGAAUGAUUUGAAGGAUAGCUUGACCGUACUAAAACUUGAUGGCUUUCAAGUUUCUGCAUCAAGUCUUAAGAUAAUUGGCCUCAACUGCAAGAAUUUGGCCAAGAUAGGGCUUAGUAAAUGCCAAUCAGUGACCGAUGAAGGGAUCUUUGAGCUUGUAGCCAACUGCGUUCAUUUAACAACCAUUGAUCUUACAUGCUGUCAUCUGCUUACGGACAGGGCCCUUAUAUCUAUAGGAGAUCAAUGUAAAAAGCUGCGAUGCCUCCGACUAGAAUCCUGCAAUUUAAUUACUGAUAAGGGUCUAGAAUGUAUCGGAACAUGUUGCUCUAGUCUUGAAGAAAUCGACCUCACUGAUUGUAGUCUAAGCAGUACUGCGAUGAAGUAUCUAUCUCAGUGUUCAAAGCUGGUAGUCUUGAAACUGGGUCUUUGUUAUAUGAUUUCCGAUGAAGGCCUUGUUCUUCUAGCAUCAAACUGCAAAAAGCUUCGCGAACUUGAUCUAUACCGGUGUGUUGAGAUCACUGAUGAUGGUUUAGCUGCCAUAGCGGCUGGCUGCAAGAAGAUACAAAAGUUAAACCUCUGCUACUGCACGAAGAUCACUGAUGGAGGACUGAGGCAUGUAAGUCGUUUGGAAGAACUUCGUGAUCUUGAACUGAGAGGUUUAUGUCAUGUUACAAGCUCAGGCAUAGCAAAAAUCGCCAUGGGUUGUCGGCACCUUUCUGAGCUGGAUUUGAAACGCUGCAAUUUGGUAGAUGAUGGAGGUCUAUUUGCUCUUGCCCAAUAUACUGAAAACCUCAGACAGAUAAAUAUAUCAUACUGCUCAAUUUCAGGCACGGGUCUAUGUAUGUUGCUAGGCACUCUGAAGUGUCUACAAGAUGUGAAGCUGGUACAUCUCAGCCUCGUGCCAAUUGAGUGGUUUGAGAUUGCUCUGAGAGCUUCCUACGAAAAAUUAAAGAAAUUGAAGCUUCUCAUCGGAUUGAGGAAUCUCCUUUCGCCACUGCUGAUUGAGAAGUUGCACUCACGCGGGUGCCGAAUUCGAUGGGUCGAGAAACCUUUUGCAGCUCGUCGAUAGGCAAAACCCUACUUCCACAAUCUCUGCAUGCUUCGCUGUCAACUUGUUUUUUUGUUUUUUUUAUCGAAUAAUUUAGUCUUGAUUCGUGGAAACCACAUUUGUUAACAGCAACUGGUGGAUGCCUAUUGCAAUCAGUCAAAGAAUGCUAGAAUAGAAAAUGUAUCAUGGUUACUACGUGUAGCUGAUGCUCCUUUAACAAUAUGUGGAUCUAAAUUGGUGCUAUCCCCCAGUUAGAAACA